AUGGGUCGUCAUUUAUUGAAUCAACUCAAAAUUACUAAUAAUAAAUUAUAUUCUGAUAUCCCACCUAAUUCUGAUCUUGAUCAUCGAGUUCAACGUUAUCAUGCUCCUAAUGACUACUCAUUGAAGAAGCUAUUCAAUAAAACCAAAUAUAUCAGUGAUCCAAACUCAAGAAUACGAAAUAAUAAUCAUAAACAUCAAGAAUCAAGAGUUGUUAUUGAUGAUUCUAAUAAACGUCAUUUCUUUAUAACUAUUCGGUAUAAAUUAGGAUCAUCAAGACGAAAAUCAGCUACAUUCACUAAUAAUCAACAUCGUCAUCAUAAAAAACAUCAACAUAUUCAUCACCAACAACAAAACAAACCAAAAAUCAUCCUUAGUUUAAAACCCCCUAAGAAUAAAAGUGAUCUUGAAAAUAGAGAAUUACCUUAUAAAGGUAUCUUACCCUUCCCUGAUUGUAUUAUUAAUGAUACUGAUCCUCGAAAACAAGAUCGAAUAAGUUUUGAUAAAUUUCUUGAAAAUGGAAACUCAUUACGAUUGAAUACUUUAUCAACUUUCACAACCAUAAGAGAAAAUACUCCUAUGGAAGAAUCAUUAAGUAUUGAAUCAACUCGAAGUCCAACCCCCACACCAGCAUUAACAUCAACAAAUGGAGCUCUCAUAGGUGGUGGUGGAAGUUCCAUCAUUCCUCAUCAUUUAAAAUCAAAAAUUAAUAAAAUCGUUAUAAGAGAUUAUGAAAUUGAUACUUGGUAUACAGCUCCAUAUCCGGAAGAAUAUUCUCAAUCAAAUGUCUUAUUCGUUUGUGAACAUUGUUUGAAAUAUAUGAAUUCACCUAUAUCUUAUCAACGACAUCAAUUGAAGAAUUGUAACUAUUCCAAUAAUCAUCCUCCAGGAACAGAAAUUUAUCGAGAUUUAACUAAAAAAAUUUCAAUUUGGGAAGUUGAUGGAAGGAAGAAUAUCAACUAUUGUCAGAAUUUAUGUCUUCUAGCUAAGUUAUUCUUGAAUUCAAAGACGUUAUAUUAUGAUGUUGAACCAUUUAUAUUCUAUAUCUUAACUGAAAUAGAUGAACACAAUCCAAACAUUCAUCAUUUUGUGGGAUAUUUCUCGAAAGAGAAGUUGAAUAAUUCGGAUUAUAACGUUAGUUGUAUUUUAACCUUACCGAUAUAUCAACGUAAGGGUUAUGGGAAUCUUCUUAUUGAUUUCAGUUAUCUUUUAUCCAGAAAUGAAUUUAAAUUCGGAACUCCGGAAAAACCUUUAAGUGAUUUGGGUUUAUUAAGUUAUAGAAAUUAUUGGAGAAUCACAAUUGCUUAUAAAUUAAAAGAAUUAUAUACCAAAUACUUAUCAUCAAGACAAGAUCCAACUUCAAAUACUACUGAUUUAACCAUUUCAAUCGAUAUUUUAAGUAAACUAACCGGUAUGAUUCCAUCCGAUGUUAUCGUUGGAUUAGAACAAUUAGAUGCAUUAAUUAAAAACCCGCACACUAAUACUUUUGCAAUCGUUUUAAAUAUGGCAAAAAUAAAUUACGAAAUCACAAAAUGGGAAUCGAAAAAAUAUACCACAUUAAAUUAUGAUAAUUUACUUUGGAAACCAAUGUUAUUUGGACCUUCAGGAGGGAUCAAUUCUGCUCCAGCAUUAAUAUUACCAAAUAAUGGGACUACUACAACCAUUGCCACGUCUCAUAAUACUAUUGCUCUGAUAGUAGGGUUUUUGAAAGAUGAUAUUAAUAAUCCUCAUUCCUUUGAGGAAGAAGCAUUUAAAGAGAUUGAAAUUUAUCGUGAUAUGAAUUUGGAGUCAAAAGUAAGUAGUACGAGUGAAGAAGAUGAAGAAGCCAUCGAUGACGAGAUUUCAAAUAAUGUUUUAGAUAAUUAUUUGAUUUGUUAUCCUGGUAUUCAAUUCAGUACUAAGAAGAAGAUUCCAGUCAAGCAAUCAGGACCCAUAAAGCCGAAUGAACCAGUUACACCAGAGGGAAUAUUUGACGAUGAAGAUGAAGAGGAGAUUGAAGUCAUUGAUGACGAUGAUGAGGAAGAAGAAGAAGAAGAAUAUGAAGAGGAAGAGAUCAUUGAUGAUAACGAAGAUGACGAUGAGGUAGAUGAAGCAAUUGACGUUGUGGUGAUCGACGAUGAUGAAGAGGAAGAAGAAGAUGACGAUGAAGAAGAAGAGUUUGCUAUUUCUGAUGAUGAUGAGGUAGAAGAAUUACUUUCAUCUGAAGAUACUAUUAUGGUCAAUGGUAGCGUUGAAAAUCAUGAUGAAACUCCCUCUUCAAGUCCAACCAAGAAGAGAGGUCGUCCAUUAGGUACUUUUAAAAGGAGGAUACCAGUGGCAAGUUCUAGGAAUGGUAGACACCAAUCUGACUCUCCCGUAAGACGAUCUUUAAGAACAAGAUAA